AGAAGAAAUCAAAACGCACAGUCGCACGUGUCAUUUUAAUAGGUACACGUGUUUCUACUCGAUUUUUUGUACAAACAUCGGCAUGUUUUCGUCAUUAACUGUCGUGAUGUAAGUGAUUAACAAUAAGUGUGAGAGGGAUGUUUAAUAUGGACAAUUUGGAUUUAGAUCGGCAGUUCUUUUUUGAGCCCGGCGCGUUUAUUGGCAAUAACAAUAAUAAUACUAGUGGUAGUUCGAGUUCGACAAACAGUGGCGAUCUGUUUCUCUACGAUGAUAACAGCAGUGACUCGGUGGGAUCCGCCUAUUCCUUUAACAGUGACCAGGAGAACACCUCGUCCGGCUCUAAAGAUCGCUUGCAUCGUCAUCGUAGGCGCAGCAAAUGCCCGCAGCAGCAAAUACAGCAACGGCAAGCCGCAAAUUUACGCGAAAGAAAACGGAUGCAAUCCAUUAACGAUGCCUUCGAGGGACUCCGGGCCCAUAUUCCAACGUUACCUUACGAGAAAAGACUGUCGAAAGUCGACACCCUGAAGUUGGCGAUCGGCUACAUCAACUUCUUAAGCGAGCUAGUGAGAGCCGAUCGAAAUUCGUCGACCGGCGGAUUUAGCGGUCUGAGUAGAAACAAUCAAAGGGACGAACCGAAAAAGAUCAUUGUAAGGGGCUCGGGUGGAUUAUACACGGCGCAUUCUUUAUCGUGGUCCCGACAAAAAGAGCCAAAUUCGAAUGGGAUUAUGUACGCUAAAGUGUGGACCCCCGAAGAUCCGAGGGCGAAUAAGACGGACGGUAGUUCCUCUUUCGUUUUGCAAGAUUAAAGUUACCUCCAAAAUCUAUUCUAGUCGAUGAGUGCAAGUACACUUCUUUUGAUACCAAAA